AUGGGGAAGAUCAAGAGGAUCGUGCUCUUUGCUUCUUUGCUUUUCUUUACAAUCUUUUCAAAUUUUAUCUUUGCACGGAUAACUACAAAUAAUACUUUGUCAAUAGGACAAACUCUGUCAAUAGGACAAACUCUCGGCUCCUGUAAUGGAUUUUAUGAACUUGGAUUCUUCAGUCCUAAUGACUCCCAAAAUAAAUAUGUCGGGAUCUGGUACAAGGGUAUCACUCCCCGGGUGGUUGUGUGGAUGGCCAAUAGAGAAAAACCGGUUACAGACACCACGGCAAAUCUAGCUAUCAACAGCAAUGGAAGUCUUCUCUUAUUCAAUGGCAAAAAUGGCGUUGUCUGGUCCACUGGAGAAGCUCAUGCAUCUAACAGGUCUCAUGCAGAGCUUUCAGACACUGGGAAUCUUAUUGUCGUAGACAAAUUUUCUGGAAGAACUCAAUGGCAAAGCUCUGACCAUCUUGGUGAUACGAUGCUCCCUUUGUCAUCCAUGAUGUAUAAUCUCCUCACGGGUGAGAAGCGGGUGUUGACUUCUUGGAAAAGUUACACUGACCCAUCGCCUGGUGACUUUGUACUUCAGAUGACACCGCAAGUGCCAUCACAGUUGUAUACUAUGAGAGGCUCGACUCGUUAUUGGAGAAGCGGUCCAUGGGCUAAAACUAGGUUCGCCGGGAUACCAUCAAUGGAUAAGACAUAUGCAAGUCAAUUAAGCCUUCAGCAGGAUGCAAACGGGUCAGGAUCCUUCACUUAUCUUGAAACAAGACCUCGUUCACGUAUGAUGAUAACCGUAGAUGGCUUCGUGAGGGUUUAUUGGCGUAGCGGAAGCAAUUGGAUAUCAAAAUAUGAUGCUCUACUUUCAUGCGAUAUUUAUGGUACGUGUGGACCUUUUGGGUUGUGUGUACCUCCAAAGUGUAAAUGCUUAAAAGGGUUCGUACCAAAAUACAUUGAGGAGUGGGAAAGAGGAAACUGGACUGGUGGUUGUGUGAGACGUACCGAACUUCAGUGUCAAGGAAACUCUACUGACAAAGAUGUAAAUGUCUUCCAUCCUAUUGCCAAUAUAAAGCCUCCAGAUAAUUACGAACUUGCAAGUUCAGCAAAUGCCAUCCUGUUCGCUAAAGAUUGUCACCAGAUAUGCCUCCACAAUUGUUCUUGCUUGGCCUAUUCUUUUAUUAAUGGUAUAGGGUGCUUAGUGUGGAGCCAGGAGCUAAUGGACGUGGUGCAGUUUCCUGCAGGAGGAGAACUUCUUUCCAUUCGUCUUGCACCUUCUGAACAAGGCGGAAGCAAUCGCAAGAAGACCAUUGUUGCUAGUGUUAUAAGCCUUUCUCUUUUUGUUUUAUUAAAUUCUGCUGCGUUUGGUUUCUGGAGAUACAGAGUGAAACUUAAAGUUUCAGCUAAGAAUGCUUCACAAGAUGCAGGGAGAAAUUAUCUAGAACCACAAGAUGUCAAAGGUUUAAAUUUUCUUGAGAUGAAUGCCCUUCAAACUGCCACCAAUAAUUUCAGUCUCUCAAAUAAACUCGGGCAAGGUGGAUUUGGCUCAGUUUACAAGGUUGAAGCUUUAAUCCUCUGUGCUCUUUGUACUGUCUGUUUAUGCUCUCAAGAUGACACCUUGUGUAAUCUGUUCCAGGGAAUGCUGCAAGAUGGGAAAGAAAUUGCUGUAAAGAGGCUUUCUAGCAGUUCGGGGCAGGGCAAAGAAGAGUUCAUGAAUGAAGUAGUACUCAUUUCAAAGCUACAACACAAAAACUUAGUUCGGAUUUUGGGAUGUUGCAUUGAAGGAGAAGAGAGGCUAUUAAUUUAUGAGUUUAUGUUGAACAGAAGCCUUGACACUUUUCUCUUUGAUUCAAGAAAAAGGUUUGAGAUUGAUUGGCCUAAGAGAUUCAAUAUCAUCGAAGGCAUUGCGCGUGGACUUUUAUAUCUCCAUCGUGACUCAUGCCUCAAGGUCAUUCACCGAGAUCUGAAGGGAACCGAAUAUCAGGACAACACUCAGGGUUGUAGGAACUCUGUAAGACUCUUUAACUUCAAAAACAAAAGUAAUAGUGAUAAUAAUAUAGGAUAUAUGGCUCCUGAAUAUGCAUGGAGUGGGAUGUUCUCUGAGAAAUCAGACAUCUACAGCUUCGGAGUGCUGCUGUUGGAAAUUAUCAGUGGAGAGAAGAUCUCAAGAUUCAGUUGUAGCGAAGAAGGAAAAACUCUUAUUGCUUAUACGAGUAUGGUUUUAUUUGCUUGCUCUAUUUUACUAAUCAUCUUCCCAACUUGUGGUUACGCAGCUUUAAACACAUCAAGCUCUUUGUCAGUAGGACAAACUCUGAGCUCCCCUGGUGGGUUUUAUGAGUUAGGCUUCUUCAGUCCUAAUAAUACCCGGAAUCUCUAUAUUGGGAUCUGGUUUAAGAAAAUCGUUCCUCGGGUAGUUGUGUGGGUGGCUAACAGAGAUAAACCAGUUACAAACUCUCAGGCAAAUCUAACCAUCAGCAUUAAUGGGAGCCUGAUCUUGCUUGAUGGGAAACAAGAUGUUAUUUGGUCAACAGGAGAGGCUUUCACAUCCAACAAGUGUCAUGCCGAGCUUCAAGACACCGGGAAUCUUGUUGUUAUUGAUGAUGUUUCAAGAACAACGUUAUGGCAAAGCUUUGAGAAUCUUGGUGAUACUAUGCUGCCUCACUCAUCGUUGAUGUAUGAUCUUUCCCAUGGCAAGAAGCGUGUAUUGACUUCAUGGAAAAGUAAAAGCGAUCCAUCUCCUGGGAGCUUCUCAUUGGAGAUUACACCACAAGUCCCCUUGCAAGGCCUUCUGAGAAGAGGCUCGGUGCCUUACUGGAGAACUGGUCCAUGGGCCAAAACAAGAUUCACUGGGUUUCCACAGUUUGAUGAAACGUAUGUAAGUCCAUUCACCGUUGUCCAAGAUUUAACAACCGGUACAGGAUCUUUCUCUUAUUCCAUGCUGAGAAACUUUAAUUUAUCGUAUAUUACCCUAACAUCAGAGGGGGAAAUGAAGAUUUACUGGGAUCAAGGGAAAAGAUGGAUGCAUCACCUUACGGAGCCAGAACACCCAUGUGAUUUAUACGGUACAUGCGGGCCUUUUGGUUUGUGUGUGAGGUCCAGUACCCCGAAGUGUAUAUGCAUGAAAGGAUUUGUACCAAAGUCAUAUGAAGAGUGGAGAAAAAGGAACUGGACAAGUGGGUGUGUGAGACGUACACAACUAUCUUGUGAGGCAAACUCUUCUCUGAAAACGCAAGGCAAAGAGACAGACGGAUUCAAUCGAAUGACCAACGUAAAGACUCCGGAUAUGCACCAUUUUGCAAGCUUUCUCGAUGCAAAAAUGUGCCACCAAGGUUGCCUUCGCAACUGUUCUUGUACAGCCUUUGCCUAUAUAAGUGGAAUUGGAUGCUUAGUAUGGAAUGGAGAGCUAGUAGACACAGUUCAGUUUUUGUCUAAUGGAGAAACUCUCUCCCUCCGUCUUGCACGUUCAGAAUUGGCUGGAAGCCUUCAAGCCAAGAUUUUGGUUGGUACUGCUGCUAGCCUGUCCAUUUUUGUGAUAUUGGUUGUUGCCGCAUAUAUGUUAUGGAGAUACAGAGAUGGGAAAAAUGGUGAGACAUUGCAGAACUUAGCAGCUUUAUUUCUCUCACUCUCUUUCCUUAAUGAAAUCGAGCCACAAGACAUAUCAGGCGUAAAUUUCUUUACCAUCCAGACCAUACGAACUGCCACCAAUAACUUCAGUUCCUCAAACAAACUUGGUCAAGGUGGAUUUGGUCCGGUGUAUAAGGUAUGUGAUAAUAUGCUCUAUUUGCUUCUCCUCUCUAUAUUUCUUGUUCUCCAGAUUUAUCUAAAACUAUUCUUCCAGGGAGUCCUACCAGAUGGGAAGGAAAUAGCUGUUAAACGCCUUUCUAGUAGCUCUGGUCAGGGCACACAGGAGUUCAUGAAUGAGAUAACAUUAAUCUCAAAACUACAACAUAGAAACUUGGUUCGUCUUUUGGGAUACUGCAUAGAAAAGGAAGAGAAGCUAUUGAUUUAUGAGUUUUUGGUGAACAAAAGCCUUGAUAUAUUCCUCUUUGGUCCGUCCUUUAUUCCAUUUACCUUUUCAUUUUUCUUUUCCUUUUAUCUUAUGAUAAUAGUUGGUGUGUUACUGUCACUAGAUUCAACUCUAAAACUUGAGAUCGAUUGGCCACAGAGGUUCGACAUCAUUCAAGGUAUUGCGCGUGGACUUCUCUAUCUCCACCGUGACUCGCGCCUUAGGGUCAUUCACCGAGAUCUGAAGGUUAGCAAUAUUCUUCUGGAUGAGAAUAUGAUCCCAAAAAUAUCGGAUUUUGGAUUGGCUCGGAUGUUUCAGGGAACCCAAUUUCAAGACAACACUCAAAGGGUUGCAGGAACUUUAGGAUAUAUGUCUCCUGAGUAUGCAUGGGCAGGGUUAUUCUCCGAGAAGUCUGACAUCUAUAGCUUUGGAGUUCUGAUGUUGGAAAUCAUCAGCGGAAAGAAGAUUUCAAGGUUCACCUUUGGUGAUGAGAACAAAAGCCUUAUUGCAUAUGCUUGGGAAUGUUGGUGUGAGUCCAGGGGAUUUGAUCUUCUGGAUGAAGAUCUUAAUUAUCCGUGCAACGCCAUUGAAGUUGCGAGAUGUGCUCAGGUUGGUCUUCUCUGUGUCCAACAGGAAGCUGCAGACAGACCAAACACUCUUGAAGUACUGUCUAUGAUUACUUCAACAACAGUUCUUCCAAUUCCAAAGCAGCCAAUAUUUGCGGUGCAGACUCAAAAUGUGGAAACUUCUAACGAUGUGUCAUCGUCUAAAGAUCUUUUCUCUAUCAAUGAGUUGACACACUCUGUGAUCCAAGGACGAUAA